AUGUUCAAGAGACAUCGGGCUGCGGCGCAUCCGCUCCCCCAGCAGCCGCCCAAUGCGUCUGCAUCUCUUGCUGCCUCCAAAGCGUUCAUGAAGAAUCGCGAAUCCAAUGGCGCCCUAUCUUCUGCGGCAGCGGCCGCCGCCUUGCGCACCCACACGACCUCCCCAACCCCCGUGGGCGAUACAAUCACGAAGCGGAUGGUCCGGAAAGCCUCGACUUCGUCACAGGGCAGCGGGAGCCAGCAACACCCCGGGCUGCGACGACAUUCCAGCUCAGGUUCUAUGACAGAGCGGUCAUUUCGCGCACCUUCCCCUAGCCGAACUGCCUCAAGUAUCGACCGUCAUCACGAUGCUCCUCCAGUUCCCGCGGUCCCGAAACACGUUCCCACCGUCUCCACGGCCCAUCGUCGCGCUUCUAGUCUCGAGCCGACAAACCGAGGAGGUUCGCCGGUAGCACGAGGUGGGGGUAGGGGUGUCAGUCUGGAUCGAGGGGUUGCGGGCUCGCCCUUGCGAACACAGGCGCAUUCUUCUUCAUACGGAACGGGCCUAACCCAAGUGCCCGAGGACGACGCGGAUGGCAAUUCGCGAUCUGUAAACUUCUCCAGACCCAUAUCUCCACCACCGGCCCCUUCGUCUCCUAGGCCUGCAUCGGCCAAUCGGGGAGGUCACGGCGGAUGGCACGCAGGUCCCAUUGUAAACCCAAAUGCAACGUUCAGAGGGAGCAAUAAGUCGCGAACGCAGAAUUCGGAGGGGUCCGGGGAUUACACCACUUACAGUACCCAGCAGUCCAUCCAGAAUGCGACAAACAGGCCAGUGUCGACAAAUAGGAACGACUUAGCCCACGGCGUAGAAGGUGCUCGUUUGGCUACAGGGAGCAUGCGUGCAAGGCCUAGUGGCACCAGCGUGCAAUCGCAAAUAGUCUCCCAUGCGCCCCCGCAGCCCGUAGAUCCCAAAUCUCCAUACGCGGUCUACGAUCCCUCUUCACGAACCUUCAUUCACAAACAGGCUGCGAUGCAGAGAUUUCGAGCAUUGAGUGAAGAGGACGUAAGUUCACCGCCAGAGUAUAUGGUGCAUUCUACUCCUCCUUCACAGCCACGACAGGCUCCGCAUCCAAGAGUAUCUAUCCCAGCACCAACGCCGCAACCUCCACAAUACCAAGCUGCAGCUACACCAAGCCCGCCCGCAACACAUCAUUCAGAAACGCGGACCACUCAAGAACAGCCCCACGCGCCAGGUCCAAGAUAUCAGGAGGAGUCUAUAGACCGAAGAGAGCCAGUGCCUAAUCUAUCUCCACUCGGCGGUGCUAACAUGCUUGCGAGACAACGUUCAGAGGAUUUUGCCGGCUCAGAUAUUAGACCUUCCGUUGAUACUAAUGCGAAGCAUAUCCAGGAUAAGGCGGAACCUACGACGAUCGAAGAGAGUCCUGUGUCGCCCAACUUCGCUCCGAAUCAGGACAGUGCGUAUCCAAGAAUAUCGACUCCCACCUUGCCCCCUACGACAGACGAUGUUGCUCCAAAAGGACGGGGAAGCAACCGCUCGGAUCGAACGCAGUCAUUGAGCCCACCUCGCAAUGCCCACUUCGCUGCGAUCAAUGUUGAACUUUCCGAUGGUGUUCGACAUCAUCCCCCACCAAGAUCUGUCUCUCCCGCCAAAUCAGCCUUGAAACCUUCGCCUUCGGUAUCGCGUCGGAAUAGCUCUCCGAUCGCGAACAACGGCCGGGUUUCAAGUAUAGGACCGUCUAGCGAGGCUUCUGACACAACCUCUGAUGACGGAACUCGGAGAAAGAAGAAGAAUGUCAGGGUAAGCUUUGACGAAGAAGCAGUCGUUGCUGGUACUUCUGCGUAUGCUGAAGCUGAGACACCGUCAUCUCCAACUGGUCUGGGGCACUCAAAAUGGAGUCCGCAGAAUCAAGAGCAAGAUCCAGAAGAUUUCAUGACACCUCGGCCAGUUCUCCCUUCAUUUGGCAGUAUUCGAAACAGGCAUCGUCGGGAUGAAGAAGUUGAUACUCCUGAAAAGGUCACUGAGACUGUUUCGUCUUCAAUGUCGACAUCAGUAGCUUCCAUGAAAGAUUCUCACCAUGCAUCAAGCGACCAUGCGAUUGGCGGCAUCCUAGUUCAAGACUUUGCUGCCAAAAGAGACCCCAACGAGCCCCUCCCUCCAGAGGUCACUACAGUGGAGGGAACUGGCUAUGGUUCGGAAUCUGAUUCGAGCAGUGGGACGGGAUAUGAUGAGAUAGUUGCUCAGCCUGUGCAGAACUCACAGUCGAGUAAACCCGAGGCUCGUUCUGUACCGGCUUUGGAGCCCAAGACGUUGACCACACCAGCGCAAGACAGAAACGUUCCAAUACAGGUGCCCGCAAUAGCUGUCCAGCCCGCCAGUCCUAGUCCAAAGGUAGAAAAGCCGGAACCGCUGUUUGAUUUGAGUACACCGACCAAGCCAAUUUCGAGUGAUUCUACGAAUGGAUCAAGCGAGAUACCGUCGAACACAGUCGCGGAAUCCCACGCUAGCACCGAAUCAAAGGUUCAUCGUCCGGUCUUGCCAGGAGCAUGGGAUGAGGAUGAGGAAUCAGAAGCCGAACAUGAACCAGAACAGGCUCCAGAAACGAAAUCGUCCGCAAAGCCCCAGAUAACGAUCCAGGAACCACCCAAACCAAUUGGCAUUUAUGGUGGGAGUGGCAUCCGUCACCAUCAAUUGAGUACAUUAGAGGAAGACGAUUCUAGCGAUGACGACAGCAGUAUCUACAGCGAUGCGUACGAAGACCUCGAGGAAGAUGGAGGCUUCGCUUCCAUUGAUGCUGUUGUAGAAAGUCCAAUAGUUGGCCCUACUUCCGGUUUGAUGUCUUCCAAAUACGCAGAUCAUGGCCUUCGCAACACCCAAGUUGCAGAAGCUACGAGCGAAGUUGCAGUCACAAAACAUGAAAAGGCCAAAUCAUCGGAGAAGCCCACGAACGACUGGCUUGAAGAACAACAACGGAUCAAUGAACCGGCUUCACUCAGUAAGCGCCCUCAGACACCGGCAGAACGAAAACCCGAAGUAGCAGCAGUUGCAAUCUCGAGCGAACCGACUAUAGUGACCAAGAGCCCUCCGCCUCCAUCACAACAACCUCGAAAAUCUGCCAUGAAGAAGAAAACAGCAGCACCACCGUCGCCAACCAGUGCCCAGCCAAAGCAAAUUCGACAGACUAUGCGAGGCACCUCUGGAGCUAUGGGGUCUCAUCAAACAGUAUCUUCAGGGGGUCAUAUGCGAAUGAGUAUGAGGGGAAGUGAGCCUUCUUCUCCGAGGGCAUCAACGGGUCUGGCUGCCUCGCGUUACAGUAAUGCACCUCCUGCCAGAGGUGCCUUGCAGAAAAGAAACAUGCCCGCAACAGGACCUGUACUCAGCGGUCGACCGCAAAGUGCUGCCGCGAAUGCCGCCUCGCGACCAAAAACUGCCCCUGCUCCCACCUAUGACGAUGACUCCGAUGCUUCAGCCAGUAGUUUUCAGAGGCAGAGACCACGACCACGCGGCGGCGAUAGUAGUCGAUAUACGAUGCGCGCUUCUAUGAGGGGCAAUGCGGCAUCUUCAUCGUACGAAUCUCACCGCCCUCGAUCAUUGUCGCCUGUUGGGAAGCCGUCUUCACCACCACCUACCAUGAGAAGAUCUAUGCGGCCUUCUUCACCCACGCCGGAAGUAAAGUCAUCUCGGUUCAGCAUCAGAUCUUUGUCGCCCGCUGGCCGUUUCCGACCCGGGAGGACUGUUUCCGAUGAUGCUCCGCCUGUUCCUCGACAGCCCUCGCCGCCUAAGAAAUCCAACAAAGUCUUUGGCAAGAAACAGAAGCCUCCCGCAGCACCGGUAUCUAAGCCAAGCUACAAGAGUCGCUUCGUCGAUUCAAGUGAUGAGGACGAAGAAUAUGACCGACCCCGCCGAUUCCAGAGUCGUUUUGUCGAUUCUGAUGAAGAGGAUUAUCAGCUACCACCUGAUCUUGCUCCUGUACGCGGUAUUCCUAAGCGAGCCGGGGAAGACGACGAUUCAACUGAUCUGGAAGAGGAAUUGGACGACGAGCUAUCACCUGCCAAGGUUCCACCGACUGACGAGAAACAAAAGCAGGUGACCAACGGCCACACGAAUGGUCAUGUUGCGUUCACGGCGAAUGCAUUGCACAAAAGUCAGCACGCGCCUACAGAUGGAGGCGUGGAUAAGAAAAAGGCAAAGCGAGGCUUUUUUGGCCUGGGUAAAAAGAAGCAACAAGCUCAGCCUCCAGUGACAGAACCUACCGUGGAACAUGAAAGAAGCGACGCCACCGACAUCCCGUACCCUCCAGAGCAGCGAAACCGCACACUCUCUCCAAUCGGCGAGGACGAAGACAAGGCAUUCGAGGCUAAUCCAGCCCCUCGGUCUCCCAAACUGCAGCGCCGCUCACAACCCAACCGAACCGUUUCGGACUCAUGGCCACUGCCAGGACCUCCAAGCGCGACGGAAACAGCAAGGCCCCAAAGUUCUGACGGUAUGCCGGGACGUCGGAUAUCGAUGCGACCGACACUGAGCAAGCGGCAUUCGUCCCAAACAGCAGAUACGAAACCAACGAUGGAUCGAGAGCUUAGUAAAGAUACCAUUGUCGGUCGCACGGGAAAGAAGAAGAAGUUCCAAGGCCUCAGGCGGGUUUUUGGGUUGAAUGACUGA